AUGUUCGAAGAUGUUCGAGAUGCUGAAGAUGCUCUUUAUAACCUCAAUAGAAAGUGGGUAUGUGACCAUCAGAUUGAAAUACAGUUUGCACAAGAUGAUCGCAAAACACCAGGCCAAAUGAAAUCAAAAGAACGUCAUCCUUGUUCUCCAGCCGAUCACAGUAGAUCAAGAAGCCCUACUCAAAGGAGAACUCGAAGUAGAAGUUCUUCAUGGGGAAGAAACAGGAGGCGUUCAGAUAGCCUUAAAGAGCGGUCUACCUCAGCACGGCAGUCAAGAACUCCAAGAAGGAAUUCAGGUUCUAGAGGACGGUCAAGGUCCAAGUCCUUACAGAAAAGGUCCAAGUCAAUAGGAGAAUCACAAUCAAGUUCACCUCAAAAGCAGACUAGCUCAGGAGCAAAAUCAAGAUCACAUGGAAGACAUUCUGACUCCAUAGCAAGAUCCCCCUGUAAGUCUCCCAAAAGGUAUACCAAUUCUGAAACUAAAGCACAAACAGCAAAACAUUCUCAUUUUCGGUCACAUUCCAGAUUUCGGAAUUAUCGUCAUAAAAAACAGUUGGUGAAAAACAAAAGAGUCUCCGAUGAGGAAAGAAUUGCCCAGCGCACCCCAGCAGCAAGCAGUGAGGGUUACUGA